AUGCGUGGAAUAGCCGGUGCUCGUGGGCAAGAUCUUCUGGUCAUUGACACCGGCGAUAGAGUAGAGGGAAAUGGCCUCUACGAUUCGUCAGAGCCAAAGGGCCUCUACAUUUCUGAGAUUCUACGGCAGCAGCAUAUUGACAUAUUGUCGUCGGGGAACCAUGAAUUAUACAAGAAGAGCACCUCGGAUUCCGAGUUUUUGAAGACCGUACCGACCUUUCAAGGUCAUUAUCUCGCGUCUAAUAUUGACAUUUUCCAUCCGGCUACAGGAGAACUAGUGCCAUUGGCUCCGCGUUUCAAGAAGUUUGUUACGGAGAAUCAAGGGAUUCGCAUCGUCGCGUUUGGCUUCCUUUUCGACUUUACGAUGAAUUAUAACAAUACACUCGUCCAUCCUGUCGAGCAAACUGUCGAGGAAGAGUGGUUUCAAAGAGCUAUUCUUGACGAUGAGGUAGAUCUCUUCCUGGUAGUUGGACAUGUUCCAGUCCAUUCACCCGAGUACAACGCUGUCUUUGCGGCAAUCAGAGCCAUCCACCCAAACACGCCAAUUCAAUUCUUCGGCGGUCAUUACCACAUCCGAGACUGUGCUCAAUAUGACUCUAAUGCAUACGGGCUUGCCAGCGGCCGUUUCAUGGAAACCAUUGGAUUCAUGUCAAUUGAUGGCCUUGCUACCGAAAGCAACCCGGAGAAUAAGUUGAAAAGUCCUGUCUUCAACCGAAAAUAUAUAGACAACAACCUCUACUCUUUCCAUUAUCAUACCGGUCUCAACGAGGAUACAUUUCCCACCGAACACGGCCGCAACGUUUCUCGUUAUAUCCAUGAAUCUAGGGCUGUUCUUCAGCUGGACGAAAUUUAUGGCUGCAUUCCGGAAACUUUGUGGAUGUCACGAGUCCCUUAUACCUCCAAGGAAAGUAUCUACGCUUGGUUACACGAGAAGGUGCUGCCCGACUCGCUGAGGGACAGGUCCCGGUCUGGGAAGCCAGCCCUUGCGAUUGCAAAUACUGGGGCUAUCCGAUUUGAUCUUUUCAAGGGAGAGUUCACACGCGACUCGGCGUAUAUUGUUUCCCCAUUUACAAGCGGCUUUCGCUAUCUAAAGGAUGUCCCAUAUCAAAAGGCAGCAUUGGUUCUGGAGGUCUUGAACAGACAACCAAAAAUUCUGACAAAAGAUGCAGCCGGGCCGAUCCCAUGGAGUCUGGCCCCUCCUGAACAGGCCGCCCACCACGACAUCAGAUCCAGCCGCGGUAGCUUGAGUGUGCCUUUCAACCAGAAGCCCAUGUCCGAUCCUCAGCUUGAGCUUGUGCCUGGAUACACAACGAUAGACGAUCUCGGCACAGACGGUGAUGAUACCAUCCAUUCGCAGAUCGAUUUCUACGAGAUACCGAAUUGCAUAGUACAGUGGGUGAAGGACAACUGGGGUUGUCCGGCAUAG